CAUCAAAUGUCUCCUUUUUAUUCUUUUUAUUUUUGUUACAUGUCUGUUUUUCUAUAUAAAGACACCCUCUUCACCGCUUUGUAUUUGUGACUCUCUCAUCUCUCUAAUUAUUGUUCGUUGGUUGUGUCAUCAUCUUCUUCUUCCUUUUUCAAAUUGGCCCUUUACACUGGUGGGGGGCUUGAAAGAUUGCAAUGGCGAACAAAAACUUGGAAAAGAUGGCAUCCAUUGAUGCUCAGCUUCGGCAAUUGGCUCCAGCCAAAGUGAGUGAAGAUGACAAACUGGUCGAGUAUGAUGCUCUGCUACUGGAUCGGUUCCUUGAUAUUCUCCAGGAUUUACAUGGGGAGGAUCUGAAAGAAACGGUUCAAGAAGUGUAUGAGCUAUCUGCUGAGUAUGAAGGAAAGCAUGACCCUCACAAACUGGAAGAACUUGGAAAUCUGAUAACUAGUUUGGAUGCUGGAGAUUCUAUUGUUGUUGCAAAGUCCUUUUCCCACAUGCUUAACUUGGCCAACUUAGCUGAAGAGGUUCAGAUUGCUCAUCGCCGAAGGAACAAGUUGAAAAAAGGGGAUUUUGCUGAUGAGAAUAAUGCAACCACUGAAUCAGAUAUUGAAGAAACUCUCAAGAGACUUGUAGGGGAACUGAACAAGUCUCCUCAGGAAGUUUUUGAUGCACUGAAAAACCAGACUGUUGAUCUUGUUCUUACAGCUCAUCCUACUCAAGCAGUUCGUAGAUCUUUGCUUCAAAAACAUGGAAGGAUACGAAAUUGUUUAACUCAAUUGUAUGCCAAAGACAUCACUCCUGAUGAUAAACAGGAGCUUGAUGAGGCUCUACAGAGGGAGAUCCAAGCUGCCUUCCGUACUGAUGAAAUCAAGAGGAACCCUCCAACCCCACAAGAUGAGAUGAGAGCAGGGAUGAGCUACUUCCAUGAAACAAUUUGGAAGGGUGUACCCAAAUUUCUGCGUCGUGUUGACACAGCUUUGAAGAAUAUAGGCGUUAAUGAACGUGUACCUUAUAAUGCUCCACUUAUUCAAUUUUCUUCUUGGAUGGGUGGUGAUCGUGAUGGCAAUCCAAGAGUAACACCUGAAGUGACAAGGGAUGUUUGCUUAUUGGCAAGAAUGAUGGCUGCUAAUUUGUAUUAUUCCCAGAUAGAGAAUCUUAUGUUUGAACUGUCAAUGUGGCGCUGCAAUGACGAGCUACGUGUUCGUGCUGAUGAACUUAACAGGUCCUCCAAGAAAGAUGCAGUUGCAAAACACUACAUAGAAUUUUGGAAAAUCAUUCCUCCAAAUGAACCAUAUCGUGUUGUAUUGGGUGAAGUAAGGGAUAGGCUCUACCAAACUCGUGAGCGUUCUCGCCAUUUGCUAGCUCAUGGUCACUCUGACAUUCCAGAGGAAGCAACUUUCACCAAUGUUGAGGAGUUCUUGGAACCUCUGGAACUGUGUUACAGAUCCCUAUGUGCUUGUGGGGAUAGAGCAAUUGCUGAUGGAACCCUUCUAGAUUUCUUGAGGCAAGUCUCAACUUUUGGACUGUCCCUAGUGAGGCUUGAUAUCAGGCAAGAAUCAGACCGACACACUGAUGUGUUGGAUGCCAUAACCAAACAUUUGGGAAUUGGUUCCUACCAGGAAUGGUCUGAAGAAAAAAGGCAACAAUGGCUUUUGUCUGAAUUGAGUGGGAAAAGACCACUUUUUGGACUUGACCUUCCUCAAACUGAAGAAAUUAGAGAUGUUUUGGAUACAUUUCAUGUCAUAGCAGAAUUACCACAAGACAACUUUGGAGCAUAUAUCAUAUCAAUGGCAACUGCACCAUCUGAUGUGCUUGCAGUUGAACUUCUGCAACGUGAAUGCCAUGUAAAGCAUCCAUUAAGAGUUGUUCCAUUGUUUGAGAAGCUUGCGGACUUGGAGGCAGCUCCUGCUGCUUUGUCGCGAUUGUUUUCCGUAGAUUGGUACAGAAAUCGGAUCAAUGGGAAGCAAGAAGUCAUGAUUGGAUAUUCGGAUUCGGGUAAAGAUGCUGGAAGGUUCUCUGCAGCAUGGCAGUUAUAUAAGGCUCAAGAGGAACUUAUAAAGGUAGCUAAGGAAUUUGGUGUUAAGCUAACAAUGUUCCAUGGUCGUGGAGGGACUGUUGGGAGAGGAGGGGGUCCAACUCACCUUGCUAUCUUGUCUCAGCCACCAGAUACAAUCCAUGGAUCACUUCGUGUAACUGUUCAAGGUGAAGUUAUUGAGCAAUCAUUUGGAGAACAGCACUUGUGUUUCAGAACACUUCAACGUUACACUGCAGCUACUCUAGAGCAUGGAAUGCGCCCUAUUAUUUCUCCUAAACCUGAAUGGCGUGCUUUGAUGGAUCAGAUGGCCGUCAUUGCCACAGAGGAAUACCGUUCUAUUGUAUUCAAAGAACCCCGUUUUGUUGAGUAUUUCCGCCUGGCUACACCAGAGUUGGAGUAUGGGAGGAUGAAUAUUGGAAGUCGACCAGCAAAGCGAAAGCCAAGUGGAGGCAUUGAGUCACUCCGAGCUAUACCUUGGAUUUUUGCCUGGACACAAACAAGGUUUCAUCUUCCAGUGUGGCUAGGAUUUGGAGCAGCAUUCAAACAUGUUAUUGAGAAGGAUGUUAGGAAUAUUCAUAUGCUGCAAGAGAUGUACAAUCAAUGGCCUUUCUUUAGGGUCACUAUUGAUUUAGUGGAAAUGGUGUUUUCCAAAGGAGACCCAGGGAUAGCUGCUCUAUAUGAUAGGCUCCUUGUUUCAAAAGAUUUGUGGCCAUUUGGGGAGCAAUUGAGGACCAUGUUUGAAGAAACUAAGAAACUCCUCCUUCAGGUGGCUGGGCAUAAGGAUCUUCUUGAAGGAGAUCCAUACUUGAAGCAAAGACUCCGCUUGCGUGAUUCAUAUAUUACUACACUAAAUGUUUGCCAAGCUUACACAUUGAAACGUAUCCGUGAUCCAAACUAUAAUGUGAAGCUGCGACCCCACAUCUCAAAAGAGUCUAUAGAGAUAAGUAAACCUGCUGAUGAACUUAAAACACUGAACCCAACAAGUGAAUAUGCCCCUGGUUUGGAAGACACCCUCAUUCUCACCAUGAAGGGUAUUGCAGCUGGCAUGCAAAACACUGGUUAAAUUUGAGUUUCUCUCUUAGCUUUUAUUUCCCCUCUCUUUCAUUUUCUGUUUUCAUGCCAGAAAUAAUGAAUGUAAUUGAAUUUACCAAAAGGGUGGUUUUUUCCCCCUUUGUAUCCAUCAACAGAUAUAAAUUGCGUUUCUAUACUUAGCCAAUUGCAAAUAGAGUGAGGAUAUUCUAACUACCAAAAAUUCUUACUACUAACUUACUACUCAUCACAUCACUAUUGGAUCAAGGAGAGAGAAUGUUAAAAAAAAUUUGAAGAGAGAGAAAAUGUUAAUC